AUUAAUAAGAAAUUAUAGAAACGGAUGAACAAUAACUAUGAAAGAAACAAUCAAGUGAACAACAACGCCACCACCACUCGGAAAGAAACCGAUGAACGAUAACUAUGAACUCAGAAACACAAUAUUGCUGCAUUUCACACGAGUUUUUCCGAACUGCAUCCAUAAACCCUAACAAAAUCGCAGUGAUCCAUGCUUCCGGCGUGGCCAAUCUUUCCCGCGAAAAAUCCACCUCCCCAAACUUCAAUGGUGACUUUACCACGCUCUUAGAACAGCGCGUCGAAUCCACGUCUCCGCCACUCUACCACGGUGACCGUUGCUUCACUUACUCUCAUGUCUUGAACGCUGUUCAUUAUCUCAGCUCUCGUAUCCGAUCUAUCCUUCACGGUGCAGAUGACCCGCACCUGAUUACAGCCAAAUCUCAAGGUAACAAUGCUGUUCACCGUGGAGAGAGAACUGUUCAGACAUCUGAGCCCUUGAAAAAUGUGGAGCCUAGUGCAGAGGCAAUGGUUAACUCUGGUGAAGAGUAUAGGCCAAAGAUAGUGGGCAUUUAUAUGCCUCCUUCUGUUGAAUAUAUCAUUGCUGUUCUUUCGGUAUUGAGGUGUGGGGAAGCCUUCUUGCCUUUGGAUCCUUUUUGGCCAAUCGAAAGGAUACUGUCAGUUGCUUCUUCUUCAAAUGCUGAUCUCAUUAUAGGGUCCCAGUCUUCGUGUGGUCAAAGUAACUUUGACCGGCUUGAUGAAUCACAUUGGUUGGCAAAGUCAAUUAGUUGUCCUGUUUUGAGCUACUCUGUUGAAGAAAAUCUUCAAGAAUGUAGUUGUUCAACAGAUUUGGCAUGGCCCUGUGCCAAUGAAAAGAAAAGAUCUUUUUGUUAUCUGAUGUAUACUUCUGGAUCAUCUGGAAAGCCUAAAGGAGUGUGUGGCACCGAACAAGGUCUUUCAAACCGCUUUUUAUGGAUGCAAGGAGUGUAUCCUUUGACGGGACGAGAACUAUUAUUGUUUAAGUCGUCAAUUAGCUUCGUUGACCACCUGCAAGAAUUCCUCAGUUCUAUUUUGACUGCUUGUGUAUUAGUUAUUCCUCCUUUCAGAGAGCUCAAAGAAAAUGUAUAUUCCAUAAUAGAUUUUCUACAGGCUUAUUCUGUUAAUAGGCUUACGGCUGUUCCAUCACUAAUAAGGACAAUUCUUCCAGUAUUGCAAACUCAUGCUGACAUGCGUAUUGUAAGUUCACUGAAAUUGCUAGUGCUAAGUGGUGAAACUUUUCCUCUUACCUUGUGGGAGAGACUUUCAACUAUACUACCAAAGACAUCAAUCUUGAACUUAUAUGGAAGUACCGAGGUCGCCGGCGAUUGUACAUAUUUUGAUUGCAAGAGGAUACCAUUGAUUUUGAAGGAAGAAAUUCUAACCAGUGUUCCAAUAGGUUUACCCAUUACUAACUGCGAUGUAGUGCUUAUUGGUGAUAAUAAUGUAUCAAAUGAGGGUGAGCUAUAUGUUGGUGGUUCUUGCAUUUUUAGGGGUUACUACAAUGAAUCUGAUACAACUUCUGAUGAAUUUGUAAAAUUGCCUCAAAGUUAUGGGUGCAAAGAUUCUGUUGAUGCUUGCCAAAGCGAAUUAUACUUUAGAACUGGUGAUUUAGUCAAACAGUUGUCAAGUGGUGAUUUUAUAUUCUUAGGAAGAAAAGACCGUAUCGUAAAAGUCCACGGGCAGCGUAUUGCCCUGGAAGAAGUUGAAAUUUUGCUAAGGGAACAUCCAUAUAUAAAUGAUGCUGCUGUAGUUUGUCAAAAUCUUCAAGCAGAGCUUGUGUUUAUUGAAGCCUUUAUAAUAUUGAAGGACAAACAGCAAUUGGGUGAAUUAUUAGUACCUGCAAUCAGAAGUUGGAUGAUUAACAAACUUCCAUCAGUUGUGCUCCCUAACCGUUUCAUCUUCACAGAAUCAUUUCCCGUGUCUUCUAGUGGUAAGAUUAAUUAUAAGUUGUUGGUUAGCUCAGCAUUAUUGACUAAGAAUGUCAAGGAUAAGGUUGGUAAUACUAGCUGCAUCAAUCUUUUGCAACUUAUUAAAAAGGCCUUUCACGAUGCUUUAAUGGUUGAAAAGCUAUGCAAUGACGACGAUUUCUUUAUGAUGGGCGGUAACUCUCUUUCUGCUGCACAUGUUGCUCACAAUUUAGGGAUUGACUUGAGAUUUCUUUACUACUAUCCAACUCCUUUUAAGCUUUGUAUGGCUCUCCUCAAUAAAAGAGGAUUGUGUUCCUUGCAUAACAGCUUGGAUAAAUGUUUGCAAUUAGACGCGGAUAUGCAAAAUAACCAUUUUUCUUCCAAUCAUACUGAAAGUUUAAUUCCUCUCGAGUCAAAGAUGAUUCCCAAAGAUGAUGUUGAUAUUUUGUUUCCUUCCAAGCGAUUAAAAAGGGGUUCUACAGAUGUUUCAUCAGGGGGAGAUGAGCCAUUUCCUUGGCAUUUCCCUUCAAUAUUCUUAUCAUCUUCCUUUAGCCGAUGCAACAAGGUGUUCUAUAAAGAGAAGGCUUCUGUAAUUAAUACACACAAAACAUGGUCGGGCAAAGUUCCAAGAGGAAACCGAGGUCACAUGAAGAGCAUUUGGAAAGUUAACAUGGAAUCUUGUGUUGAUGCUUCACCCAUGGUUGUGUUGAAAGGCUCAGAUAUUUAUUUAUUCAUUGGAUCUCACUCACACAAAUUUCUCUGCAUAAAUGCUAGAAGUGGUUUUAUACAGUGGGAGAUCAAACUAGAAGGCCGGGUUGAAUGUACAGCUGCGGUCGUCUCUGAUUUUUCCCAGGUGGUUGUUGGUUGUUACAUGGGAAAAAUCUAUUUUCUUGAUUUUUGGAAUGGACACAUCUACUGGAUUUUUCAAACAUCCGGUGAGGUUAAAUCACAGCCAGUUGCAGACACACACAGACAAUUGAUCUGGUGUGGCUCAUAUGAUCAUAACUUGUAUGCUCUUGAUUACAAAAAUCAUUGUUGUGUCUAUAAGCUACCAUGUGGAGGCAGUAUCUAUGGGUCACCUGCAAUUGAUGAGGUUCGUGGCGUGCUUUAUGUGGCCUCUACUGGUGGUCGUAUAACAGCUGUAUCGAUAUCAGCUUCCCCAUUUAGUAUAUUAUGGCUACUUGAAUUAGAAGUCCCAGUGUUUGGUUCUCUGGCUGUCACUCAAAAUGGAUCUGUAUUAUGUUGCUUGGUUGAUGGCCAUGUUCUUGCAUUGAAUCCCAACGGAUCCAUAGUUUGGAAGAAAACAACCAGUGGUCCAAUAUUUGCUGGGCCAUGCAUACCUUCUACCCUUCCUCAUGAGGUGCUUGUAUGCUGCAGAAAUGGAAGUGUAUACUCAUUCAAACUGGAAAAGGGAGAUCUAACAUGGGAAUACAAUGUUGGAGAUCCAAUUACUGCAUCUGCUUAUGUUGACGAGCACUUGCAGCUGGAGCCUGAAUCUGAUGCCUCCCACACUUCGGACAGGUUUAUUUGCAUUUGUUCUAGUUCUGGAGGUAUACAUCUUCUUCGAGUGAACACAGAUUUAUCCGAAGAUACAGAUCAACUAAAAAGCAAAGUGCAGGAAUUUGCAAGACUCGACUUGCCGGGGGAUAUAUUCUCUUCGCCAUUAAUGAUUGGUGGCCGGAUUUUUGUUGGUUGUAGGGAUGAUUACUUGCACUGUGUUGCCCUUGAAAUUCCAAAGCAACGUGGGAGUUAAAACAUUGUAUUUUUUUACCCUCCCAGUAUUGGUAUUGUCAUCCUAAAAAAUAUGUUAUACGUUUUUCGAUAAUAUAGAGUCUAGAACGUUUGAAGAUUUGUUUAAGUAAGUUUCUUUUAUUCUUUAAAAUACCAAUUUCAAUUGAUCUGUACUUAUCAAUCAUGUAAUUCAUAAGUUCAAUUUAACUUGGAUAUUGGAAGUAAAUAUUAUAAGAAAUGUAAAUCGAAUUAAAUUGAUUCUGUUUAUUAAUAA